AUCAUUUGUCACUCCUAUUUUUCACCAUUCUCUGUUUUCCAGUUUAUUCCGUGUUGUUUUUUAGUUUCCGGAUCCCUUGAGGUUUAUUGUUUGUAAAAUGGACACGGGCCAGAUUGUCAACUACAUCCACGACAUUCGCGCCCGUCUGACCAGCAAAUGCUCGCUGCUGAUGAAAUCCCUGCACAGUGCGUCGUCGCGCUCAUCGCCGCGAGCCAAAACUGGACGAUCCGCGUCGCGCUCACCCUCCGCUGCGCGCAGCCCUUCCCGCAGCUUCCCCGCGCUGUUUUUCGCUGGGGUGGGCAUCUUCGCGGGGGCCUCCAUCUUCCACAUGUGGCAUCUGUCCAGUUUGUUUGAGAAUGAUCGGUUCUUUUCGCAUUUAUCACAGCUGGAACGGGAAAUGACAUUCCGUACGGAACAGGGAUUGUAUUAUUCGUUUUAUAAACGUAUUGUGGAGGCGCCGAGUUUCUUCAGCGGUGUGAUGGAGAUUAUGCACGACACCAGCACGGAGUUUCCCAACGAAGUCAACUUUAUUAAUCGCUUCAAUCUUUACCCAGAGAUGUUCCUAGCCGGCAUCUACCGCAUCUACGCCACCAUCACCGAGUUCCUCGACAUCACCACCGUGCAGUGUUUCCGCGUCAACCGCGGCGCCGGGCACUCCCCGGUGACGGCCUGCGUGGGCCUGGGCGAUCCCUUCUACCUGUAUUUACUGGGAGUGUUCGGUCUGAACGGUCUGCUAUUGGGCGUCCUCUUUUUGACCGGCUGGCUGCUCAGCGAGAACAUCGGCGGCGGGGUUAUUACGUUGCUGUGCUUCUUGUUCAACCACGGGGAAGCCACGCGGGUCAUGUGGACACCGCCGCUGCGCGAGAGCUUCGGCUAUCCGUUUUUCGUCAUGGAGAUGCUGGCCGUGGCGUAUCUUCUGAAGACGGGCUGUCGCAGCUGGCAGAUGAGUGCGCUGGUGGGCGUGACGUCGGGAUUGUUUAUUCUGCAGUGGCAGUUCGCUCCCUUUGUCCUGCUGACGCAGAUUGGCGUCCUGCUCUUCCUCUUCAUUGCCUGCUACCUGGACUACUCCCUCCUGCGCGCCAUCGUCCAGGGUUUAUUCUACUCUUUAAUGGCCUGUUAUUUUCUCCUCUGUUGCAACUCCUUCCUCUUAACGUCCGCCUACGGCAUCAUCGUCAUCGCGCUCUUCCUUUUGAUGGAAUUCUUCGCCGUCCGCAAGGUCCCGCUGGCCGAGCGUUUCGGCUACAUGACGGGCUGGCAGAUGGCCGGGUUUAUCGCGUGUGUGCUGCUGGUGCCGGUGUGGAAGAUGGCGGUGGGCGGCGCGGAUGAUGCGCAUAUCUGGCAGAUUGUCCGGGCCAAAUUCACCAGCUGGAAGAAUUUCCACACCAUGCUGUAUAUGUGUGCGCCGGAGUUUGAUUUUCUUGGAGUGGAAGUAGUGGGCAAGCUGUGCCGGACGCUGCUGCUGCCGAUCGGUGUGAUGGUGUGUUGUACGGUGAAAUUCCUGGUGACGCGCGAAUUGUUAACGGACUGCUCGUGUAAAUGCCACCCGCGAAAAGCCUGCCUGCAUGUCGCACACGGGGAACGGCGCGUUGGGACACCGAAUCCCAGCGUUUUAUACGAUACUCCGGUGUGUUCGGCACGGCGGUCCCAUAUGGGAUAUUUCCUGUAUCGAACGCCCAAACGUGCCCAGAGCAACGGGAAACCCGGUGAAAAUGGUCAGCCGGUGUCGGCGGUGUCCCUGGACGUCCACUACAUCCUGCUGCAGGGCUACGCGUUCACCGCGUUGGCGCUGCUGAUUAUGCGCUUGAAGCUGCUGUGGACGCCGCAGUUGUGCAUCGUGGCGUCGCUGGUCGCCUCGCGAUCGAUUUUUGGAUUCUUGCGGCGUUCCUGGCAUUUGGGCAUGGUGGUAGGUCUGAUGAGCUGUAUGCUACCGGUCGGCAUGCAUAAUCUACGGGAGCAGCACAAGAUUAUGGGCGAAUACAGUAAUUAUCCACUGGAAGACAUUCUAACCUGGAUCAACAACAACACCGUCGAAGAUGCCGUGUUUGCCGGUCCGAUGGCCACCAUGGCCAAUCUGCAUCUGAGCACCGGACGCCCGAUUGUCAACCAUCCGCAUUACGAGAACGCCGAGAUACGGGAGAGAACGCUGAAGGUGUAUUCGAUGUACAGCCGGAAAUCACCGCGGGAAGUCCACCGUAUUCAUCGGCAGUUGGGCGUGGAUUAUGUCGUUUUUGAGAAUUCCUACUGCUGGCGCAAACACAAAGCGGGCUGCGCGAUGCCGGAGAUGUGGGAUGUGGAGGAGCCGGCGCGGGCCGAAUACGAAGCGUGCUGCUGGCGGGUGGCCGCCGAUCCCUAUCCCUUCACGUGGAUGUACGGCAACGACGUCUACGAGAUCCUCAAAGUGUGAAUGGACGCCCUGGGCUCUUAACUCGGUUGAUCGCGGAUCUGUGUUUUUGUAAUGACAUAGUCUUGCCACUGAUUUUUUUUGUGACCAAAGUGUUUUUAUAGUGUUAAGUGUAGAUGUUUUCUGCUCGGUUGUGUUUUGGAUCCACAGGAAAUUUUUGUAAUAUUUUUUGUGCGGUUGAAUUGAUUUGUUUCACAUGUGGCGACUAACUGGCGACUGCUUUCCUGGUGUAGUGCAAUGGCGUUUUUUGUGAG